UACUUGUUGUUCUCGACCAGUGGACACUCAACAAGUAGCAGACAUGGACCUGUGGUGGAGCCUCACCUUACUUUUACCUCUCUUAUAUCUCACCACUGCCCAGAAUCCUCACAGGAGGUUCGAAUACAAGUACAGCUUCAAGGGCCCGUACCUGGCACAGAAGGACAACCAGGUUCCCUUCUGGCAGUAUAGUGGCAAUGCCAUUGCCAGUGAAGAGAGUGUGCGCAUCACCCCAUCACUACGCAGUCAAAAGGGUCAGAUUUGGACUAAGAACCCUACAAACUUUGAGUGGUGGGAAGUGGACUUCGUUUUUCGCGUAACUGGCCGAGGGAGAAUAGGUGCUGAUGGCUUGGCUCUGUGGUUUGCUGACAAACCUGGUGUUGAAGGUCCUGUAUUUGGCAGCUCAGACAAAUGGAAUGGUCUUGGAGUAUUCUUUGAUUCUUUUGACAAUGACAAUAAAAGAAACAACCCAUAUGUCAUGGCCAUGGUUAAUGAUGGCACCAAGGUUUAUGAUCAUGAACAUGAUGGAUUGAGUCAACAGCUUGGUGGCUGCCUUCGAGAUUUUCGAAACAAACCUUUCCCAGUGAGAGCAAAAGUUGAAUAUUACAAAAAUAUUCUAACAGUAAAGACACAGCUGCUUGAGUUUGAUUAUAUCAAACUUGAGGAGGAAGACCCAGAUAUAAAAACUGUUACAUCUACACUGGGAGAUACUGACCCUCUUGCUAAGACAGAAGACUACUCCUUCCAUGAGCCAUUUUCAACUGCAUAUCCUUCUGCUGCUGAGACAACUUUGCCUCCUGUAUAUAAUGAACAACCAGCCACAACUAAACAGCCUUCCCUUGAUUAUUCGACAACCGUGUCAUUUUUUGGUUAUGGAAGUGAAACUACUACGCCACCAUCUGAGAGUGAAACUGCCACAACUGUUUCUACAGUAUUAAGUGAUGAGGACUUUACUAGAGAUACUGCAGAUUCCAGUCCUCUCUUUGUGGAAACAGUGCAUAAGGCUGCUGAAGAGGAACUGUCAGCAGGAUGGGGAUGGUAUGGAAGUAGUGAACCUCUAACUACAACUCCCAAACCUGAGAAAAAGAGACGAAGUAAAAAGCAGAGGAAGAGGAGAGGGGGAAGGAGGAGGAGGAAGAGGGUGCAUAUUGGAAGUCCGCUGCUGAUCCACAGUGGAAUGACGAACAAUGACAAGGAUUACGAAAUUUGUAUGCGUGCAGAAAAUGUCUUUCUGCCAGCAACUGGCUAUUUUGGUGUAUCUGCUGCAACAGGCGGGUUAGCUGAUGACCAUGAUGUACUGAAAUUCAUAGUGUCCUCUAUGCGCUCUCCUGAAGAGAUGGCAAUGUUACAAACCAAUCAGGAGGAUGAAGAGAAGUUUCGUCAGGAGUUCCAGGAAUACCAGGAGAAGACGAAAAAAGCACGUGAUGAGUACAUUGCACAGAAUCCAGAUGCUGUACAAAAAGACAAAGAGGAGGAGUAUGAGAGCUGGGAACAAAGGGAAUUGCGCCAGAUAUUCCACGGACAGAGUCAGAUCCAUGAGAUUAUACGGCAAUUACACUCCAAAAUGGAUGAAAUUAUUGGUCGGCAAGAACGAACAUUGGGCUUGGUUUCUGCGGUUCACUCUGGAUUAGGAGGUCAAGUUGUGCCUACAGGCCAAGUUCCUCCUGCACCUGUUGCUGCCCUACCAGGUGACACCAUCCGUCGACAUGAAGUUGACAGCAUUCUCAACAAUCAAAGAGAUAUUGUACAAACAGCAAGGGAUAUAAAGAAUUUUGUAAAUGAAAUCCACCAGAAGAGCAGUCAGCUUCUGACCAACAGUCAGAAGCCACAGGGCUCGGUGCAGCCAGUUGGCUACGACUUACACGUUACCCUUAAUGAAAUGAAAGAAGGGCUUAAUAUUGUUAAGCGUGACCUUGGUACAGCGAAUCAAAGGUUGUCUUCAGCACCUGGUGGUGUUGGCUGUCCUUCUGUCAGCUGCGUAUCUACAGGCUUGUUCAUUGCUUUUACGGUGAUCCAGUUAGUUUACUUAUUGGUUACAUUAUGUACAGGUGAGUAGCCAUCAAGAAAUUUUUUAAUAUGGUGCAUAGUAUAUAUACUAAGUACAGGUAUUAUUGCCUUUUUGGUUGUCAUGUUCAUUGUAAAAAAUGUAUAAAUACUAUACUGUUUAGGUGUGUGUGCAUAAAAGUUCACAUAAUUUAUAAAUGUGCUGUUAUAAUUUGUAAAAAAUGCUUAGAUGCUGUCCAUAAUCAUUUUAUUUAAUGGAGUUAUUUAAAGUUUAUUAGAUCUUUUUGUAUUAUUCAUCAUUUAGGGAAAAUAUUUAUGGUUGUAGCCUAACUGACCUCAGUAGCUUUGAUAUACACCUAUGUAUUACAUAAUUUUUUCCUGAGGGUGUUAUUUAUAAUACAAUAUACUGCUAGGAAGCUUUAUAUUUCAUAAUGGCAAUUUCAUAUUUUAUUGUAACAUCAGUUAUAUAUAUAUUCUGAAAUAGUGGUAGGAUACAGGAAUACCUCCAUUUAAUAUAAAUUUACCUUUGUAAAUCUAUUUGUGCCUAGUUGCAAAUAAAAUAAUCCUGUCAUAACUAACA